CGCAAUUUUCAAAAGAUGUGUGGACUGGUUAUUGCAGGUUGCUGUCUUAGCUGAUUAUAAAAGCGACAGGUCACACUGUUUUGAAAAUGUUUGUUAAACUACAGACACAUGCAGUAAAAAUGGCUGGGCAGCUUGAUGCGAGGGGCCGGUUGUUCGAUCGAAAGAUGGAUAAAAGAAAGAAAACACGGUAUUUCAAAUUCAAGAAAUGUAAUAUAAAGCUCUCUUGGAUCAUGGUUUUAGAGAAGAAAUUUUCUCGGCUGGAUAUGUACGGGUUUUUGGCGAUAACGAUUAUUGUUUUGGAUAUCGCUUUGUCAUCGGAAGCAAGAAAUACACAAAACAAUCAAGAAAAACGUGAAAAAAGACAGAAUGCGUUUUCGCCUGUAAUUCCAAGUGAAAUAAAAGAGGAAUUUAAAAACUAUGCCAAGUCAUAUUUGAACAAUAUGGUGGAACAAAUGUCAAAUAGAAACAAGCAGCCAGCGAAGCAAGAGCCGUCGACAUCGCGAGCUCGUAUUUGUGCCGAAGUUUGUCAACAUCGUUGUCUCCCCUCUUGCGAAUGGUCUUGCUGUAUAAAGGAGAAUAUAGAAGAAUACAGAUCAGCACAUCUUGUCAAACCCUUAGUUCAACAUCCUAGCGUGCAGAGAAAGUCCGAUUUUGCUGGAGUAGAUAAAGGAAGUGUCAGAAAUGAUCGGCCAAUUGUCGGACGUCGUCGUGAGAAUAUCGAAGAACCGUUAAAGGAUGGAAAUGAGUGUAAUCCUAGUUGUAAACGUUAUUGUGUACCAUCUUGUCGCUUUGCUUGCUGCCAACCCGUGCAAAUUAAAGGUGUUUUGCUUUUGUAAUUUUUACCUGCAGAAAUUAUAAUUUCGAUUCGAUAAAACGAGGUCAAACCGCAUGUUGAUCGAUGGUUUGUUAAUGAGUUGGCAGUCUGGCUUGCCAUGCAACAUUUCCAAAGAAAAACGAAACUUGUGCUUUGUUUAUGAACGACACAGCGCAAUUAUAUUUAUAAUUUAGGUGCUUAUCAUACUUGUUUCUAUAAUCAAAACGAAAUAAUAUACGUAUAUAAUUAAAAAUCAAAUACAAAAGUUUGCAUUCGCAAAUAGAUCUUUAUUAAGCCAGGCUAUAGACUUUUCGAUACUAGUAUAUAUACUAAAUAAACAAAUCAGCAUGCAAAGUCACCAUUUAUGUUUCGUAAAAUACUUCGAUUUCAUCAGGGCUGAAGUUAUCCUCACCGGCCAGUAAUGCGUCCAUUUUUGACCCGCUAAAUUCAUACCCUAGCGGUGGUUUAUACGUGUAACCAAACGAG